UUGCCUAGGGCCGUAUUAUUUUACCCCAAUUCCUCCAUACCAAACAAAACCUCUGUACCACUUUCUUUUACCUCGAGUUAGAUUGAAAAUGGGUGAUUUCAAAAUCUUGAAGUACUAUGUCAGACAAAGACGUUGGAGGUUGAGCGAGGGUGAUGGAGAAGACAGGUUGAGUUCACUCCCAGACGUCAUUCUCACCGACAUUCUUUCUCGCCUCUCAAUCCAUUCCGCCGCUGCCACAUCCGUCUUAUCCCACCGUUGGCGCCGCCUCUGGACCGGUGUCUUCCGCCUCAAUCUCUGUUUUCAGAAAAGUUCGGAAUUCACCAAAAUAAUCGACCAUAUCCUACAACAGGUUACAUCUCGAAAACUCCGCGACUUUAAUCUUGAUUUGUCAAAUGUAUAUGUCACACCGAAAUCUAGUGCAAUAGAAUCAUGGUUCCGUGAUCUUUGCAGCCGAAAUGUGGAGACUAUCAUUUUUAAUGCAGUAUAUAAACAUGAAGAUACCCUUUCCUUCCGUUUUCCUGCUUGUCUGGUUAAUUCUCAAUCUCUGGUAAUUUUGAGAUUAUGUAGUAGUUUGUUAGAAUUGAAGUUGCCUGAAAACGGGAAUUUGUCUUUUCAACUCCCUAAUUUGAAGGAAAUUCGCCUGUACUUCCUUGUUAAUUUCCCUCUUUGGUUGGGGAUUCUAAUUAGUUCUUGCCCACUUUUGGAAGAUUUGUAUUUGUUGUUCAACUUGCUCUAUUUGCCCGAACCUGAUACUGUUGUGCGUAUAAUUGCCCCCAAUUUGAAGUCAUUUUCUAUAUGUAUGUCAUAUUUGACUGAGCAAGUCGAGCGAUACAGAGUUGUUAUUGAUGCACCCAAAUUGGAAAACCUUGACGUCGAAGAUUGGACUUCAAUUUAUUGCUUUCUCCAGAAUCCAACUAAAUUAGUCAAAGCGUAUAUUAGAUUGGAGAGUGAAUUCAUAUCUUUUGGGGAAGAGGAAGGAGGGAAUGAAGAAACUAAUUAUGUUAAGGAGAUGUCCAAGUUUAUUGGAGGAUCGUGUAAUGUUAACAACCUUGUGCUGAUGCUAAAGAGCAGUACAAAUACAUUAACAUACCUUAAUUCUUUUGAUCUGCCAGUCUUUUCUAAUUUGACCUAUCUCGAAACAAACUUUUUAAAGGUUUUGCUGGUUUCUUUACAUUGUUUUCCCAACCUAGAGCAUCUUAAGGUGCGCCUAUAUUCAGGUGAUUGCCCAAUAGAGCAAAGGAAUUGGUGCGCACCGGAUUCUAUUCCAGAUUGUUUAGUGAGUAAGCUUAAGACUAUACAAAUAAGCGGAUUACAGGGGGUUGGUGAUGAACUCAUACUGCUAGCAUACAUUCUAUGUAAUGCAGUUGUUUUGAAAAGUCUUAUUGUAAAUGUUUAUAUGAAGGACGCAGUUUAUACCAGAGAUGAACGUGGAAAAGCGUAUGCAGUGUGGAAGGAAUGCCAAUUUUGUAGGUCAAUUUUUGAGUUUCCAAGAAGCUCCUCAGCUUGUGAGGUUGUGGUUUCAUGUAGGUAUGUCACAGCAUCAGGUAAUGCCCUGCAAAAUGGACGCCUUACAUGUGAAAUGUAUGUGGGCCAAGGAUUUCUUUGAAAAUAACCAAGGUAUGAAUAAAUAAACCUGAUAUAUUCGACUUCUUGUUUUUCAAGUGCCAGCGAUCAAGCUUAUGGGUUGCAGGUUAGACUACUCAGGCCCUUCUUGAAAUGGUAUGUAUAAGGAAUUCAGGAUUCAGGGUGUGUAGCCUUGCAAUGUUUUGGUCUUUUUUGUGAAUAAUAUGUUUUAACUUCUUCUGAUAUUACAGUGAUUAAUGUAAAUUCUAGUUCUUUCACUUCUCUUUAUGGUUAUGGUGAAUCUUUGAUUUGUA